UUCCAGGACCGCACGUUAAAGAAGCAGAACAUGUCGACGACGAACCCGAUAUAAAAAUUAAAAACAGACGCUCAUGAGACCGCCCUCUUUCUUGUUCCUCCUUUUCUGCCGGUACACGAACCGAAGACCGAACGCACCCACAAAGCUCACUCGGCAGAUUCUUCUGCGAAUUUUCCCGGAAAAUCGAGACCCGGAACACCCACCACCUGAAAUCACCAUGAAUUGUCCGUGCCUUUCCUGCCACGCCGCCGUUCCGUUCUAAUCCCAACAACCCAGAAGUUGGGUUCUUCAUCUUUUCACUUUUCUUUUCCGGCAGAAGUGGAAUCUGACCUGUAGAAUCUCUUUCGAUUUCCGCCUCGCUGUCUCGCCUUUUGUGGGGUGGGUUUUUCUAAUCUUUAAGAUGGCGGAUGUUCUGAGGUCGCCCUCCCUGUACAGUCACCGGCUCUCCAAUCCGCUGUCGGCGUCUUUCCCAGCUUCUGUUAAUCCUGUGGUCCCCAAUUUGAAAUCGUGUACGCGGGUUUUGUCAGUCGCAAGUUGGUCGAUCGGCGGUGUUUCGCCACUUGCGUUCAGACCCAGAAAGCAUUUUGCUUCUUUGAAGGUGCAUGCCGCAAUUACUGAAACUGAUCAGCCAAAAUGGUGGGAGAAGAAUGCAGGACCAAAUAUGGUCGAUAUUCAUUCUACACAAGAAUUUCUGAGUGCUUUAAGUCAAGCAGGAGAUAGAUUAGUAAUUGUUGAAUUUUAUGGAACUUGGUGUGCUUCUUGCCGAGCAUUAUUUCCAAAGCUCUGCAAGACAGCUCAAGAACACCCUGAGAUUUUGGUCUUGAAAGUCAAUUUCGACGAGAAUAAGCCAAUGUGCAAGAGCAUGAAUGUUAAGGUGCUACCAUAUUUCCACUUCUAUCGUGGUGCUGAUGGCCAGGUGGAAUCCUUUUCAUGUUCCCUUGCUAAGUUUCAGAAGAUAAAGGAUGCGAUUGAAAAGCACGGCACGGCUCGGUGCAGCGCUGGCCCGCCGAAGGGAGUGGGAGAUCUCAAUCUUGAUGUGAAGUCUCUUCUGAAGGACAAUCAAACAGGAUCUACUUCGUUUUAGGACCUUCUUAAGGGUUAUAUAGCCAUAUUGGGCAUUAUCACUGUCCAUAUUGUACAUAAAAGAAUUACUCUCGAUUAAUGCUUUACACAAUGUCUUUGCUCUUUGUAAGAGGACUUGAUGGCAAAUUCUGCGCAUUGCAUUUUGUCAUUCAAUAUUCUCUAUGAUAUAUCUGUGUGUUAUAGCAAAGAGCUAAUAAAGAACGUGACUUAUGAGAA